GGCACAAAGAUGGCAGUUGGCGUGUGUUCGUGCCCGAUAACCCCCCGCUCACCCCGCUUCUCUGCAGCGGUCGAGGGGUAGGACGGGACCCCUCGGGCCAGGACAGAGGACCCCAGAGCAGACGGGGCAGUCACAGACUGCCAGAGCUGCGCCCAAGAUGAUCAGCCAGCCCGAGAAGGCACGGCUGCGGCACAGGCGCUCGAGCGAGAGCUACGAUGAGAAGUGCGAGCGGUGGCACGAGGCGCGGGAGAGCCUGCGGCGGCGAAACAACACGAUGACCUGCCGCCACCUCGGGAGGGGAGCGGAGGAGCCGUCGCAGAGCCCCCGGCAAAGGGAGAUCCUGAGGAGGAGAAACCUGGCAAGCGAUGCUGGAAGGAGAUCGCCAAGACAGGAGCCCGAAGCACGCGUCCCCCCGGACCCCUCCUCGCAGGUGGAGCCGAGACCGCCCGUCCUGCUCCAGCACCCGUGGAGCUGCCCCACAUUCCCCCCUGCACACUCCCGGCUCAGCCUCAGCGUCCCCCUCGGCAUUUCGGCAGAAACCAUCCCCAGGCGAGGUGCCUCUGUGAACAGCCAAGGAACCCAGACCCUUACAAAUCCAAGCACAGGAGUGAAAGACUCGAGCCAGCAGACAGAUUGUGGAAUAGCAGUUUUAAAUAAGGAAAUGGUGCAGCUGUCCAACUACCUGAAGGAGGCCCUGCACCGCGAGCUGCUGCUCAAGCAGAAGAUGGUGAUUUUGCAGGAGCUUUUCUCCACGCUGCUGCAAGCGUCCGAAAAAUCCUGGCAGGGUCAGCUGAACGAAGAUAAACUGAAGUGUAAACUAAGGGCACUUGAAAAUCAGCUGCAGGCCUGCACCCAGAGUUACUCAAAGGAGUGUGUGAAGAAGAUCCUGAUAGAGAUGGAGGACCAGAAGCAGACCUACGAGCAGAAGGCAAAAGAGGCUCUUCAGAAGAUGCUGGAGGACAAACUCCAGACAGAGCAGCAGCUGCAAAGCUCUCAGAGAAGCCUGGCAGCGAUGAGAGAGGACCUUGCCUUCUGGAAAGAGCACUACACCACGCUCAAAGCCGAAUUGACCAAGAUGACCACGGCGCACACCGAGCUCAAAAACAGCUUCCACGUUUUGCAAGGUGAACUGCAGCAAGCGGACACGCAGAACGAGCGGCUCCGCCAGGCCCUGUGCAGCCUGCAGAGCGAGCACGCAGCGCUCCACCAGCGAGCCAGCGCCUUGCGGGAGGACAACGACCUGAAGGCUGAGCACAUCAGCGCCAUCGAAGAUAAAUUGCAUAAAGAACAAAAUCAGAAGGUAACGCUGGAGGCAACCAUCAGCCAUUUGCACAACUUGAUACAGAACCAGAGCAAUGAAUGGAAGACCCAGGAGGCGACAGUGCAAAGGAAAGACCAGGUUUUCACCACGCAGACCUCACCUCUCACUCCUGCCAAGGAAAAACAAAACGCUCUGUUAGAGCACCCCGAGGAGGAGGAGGGAGAAGAAAGUCUGAAGGAUGAGAUGCAGAAAAGGACAUCCCAGCUUACAGCAAAGGAGAAUGAGGUACAUAUGGACAUACAGGUAGCAGAAGUGAAAAACCCCCGUCACAGCAGUGCCCGUGCACGGGCGAAGCGCUGCAGCCGCUGCGGGAGCCCUGCCAGUCUCGGUGCGUACAGAAGUGAGGGGAUCCCUCUCGCUAACAGCCCCUCGCUCUGCUUGCAGUGCACGGAGCUGCGCUCGGAGCUGGAGGCCCUGAGCGAGGAGUACCGCUCCUGCCUGACCAGGCUGCGCCAGUGCCGGGACGAGCUCAACCACUUCCAGAGCAAGCAAGCAAAGAGACAGCAUGGUCACUGGAUCCCUCUCGUGGUGGCAGUGAUAGCAAUAGCCAUAGCCACCUUCCUCGCAAGUUACAGACCAUGAAGGACGUUCUUGAUGACUGACUUCACUGCAUAAACUGACUUCUGCUUCACCAACAGCAAUGCACCCUCACCGCAGUGCACCUUCUGCUGUUUUGUACAUGCGUGUUUGGUUCAUAUCCUGAGCUGGUCUCACUCCAGACAAACUCCCGCGGCUCCAAUAAACGCUGGGAGAUCACUCCUUCCCUUGGCUGCUUUGGUUCUUCUGCGUCUGUUGAAGGUUGUGCUGCCCAGUUCCUGCGGCGCUGAGGGACAAAGCCACUCCAGCCACCGCUGCCGGGGCUCGCGGGGGGCAGAAGGGACAGAGCAGCAGGGACAGGGCAACCCGCGCCCUUAGCAUCCAGCCUCCCCGGUUUUCAUGCCUGGCAGCUGA